CCCCCAAGCUCCAGCAGAGCGGCACAUUCGGGGGAGGCCCGCAUGGCAGCAGCGCCCGUGCAGCACAGCGGCCCGCCCGUCUUUGUGCAGGCCACCGGGCGAAUCAUCGCAAUCGGCGACAUCCAUGGCGACCUCCAAAAGGCGCUUUCCUGCCUGGAGAUGGCGGGGGUACUGGCUGAGGAUGAUGGCCACAUUAAGUGGGUGGGCGGCGACACAGUGGUGGUGCAGCUGGGCGACGUGCUGGACCGUGGAGACUGCGAGAUUGGCUCGGUGCUGCUGCUGCGUGAGCUUGACCGGCAGGCUCGGCAGCAGGGCGGUGCGGUGUACAUGCUCAACGGCAACCACGAGAGCCUCAACGUGGCGGGCGACUUCCGCUAUGUCACUCCUGGCGCCUUUUUCGAGUCUGCCCGCGCCGCAGGGCUCAGUGAGGCCGACAUUGCGGCAGGGGACCAGCGGCGCAUCCUGCAGGCACGCUGGUACCUGUACCAGCCGGGUGGCGCCAUGGCGCGGGAGCUGGCCAAGAAUGCCACCGUGCUGGUGGUGAAUGAUGUGGUGUUUGCGCACGGCGGCCUGCUGCCACACCACCUGAAGUACGGCCUGCAGCGGAUAAACGAUGAAGUGGCAGAGUGGAUGAAUGGCGCCAUGCGCCCCGACGGCUCCCAGGCCUCCCCCCCCUUCCCCGCCAUGGGCGACUCUAGCUCGGUGCAGUGGAACCGCACCUUCGGCAAGGAACGCGUCAGCGACUAUGAGCGCAUGCACAUGAACUUUCAGCUGCGCGCGACGCUGGAGUCGCUGAAUGCGCGGGCCAUGGUGGUCGGACAUACGCCGCAAAUGUCGGGAGUCAACUGCGAGUGUGAUGGCCGUGUGUGGCGCGUGGAUGCGGGCAUGUCCAGCGGCGUGCUGGAUGCUGCACCGCAGGUG